UGCCAAAACAGCGGGAGUUGGAUUCUAGAUGAUUUUGGGGCAGUAUGGUGAAUGCAAAGUUCCAUUAGACGACACAGUUUUCUCAUCGAUAAGGGAUCGACACUCUAUUCUUUUCAACUGAACAUAAACUUAAAAGCGCACUCGCGUCAAGCUGUUAGUUUUCAGUUUUAUUUUACCACGAAAAAAAAAAGUUCCAGAAAUUCAUGUCCGGGUCUUUAUUAUGAAGCCGAUGCGGGCGACUAGGCCUACAGUUUAGCAGUAUAGCACAACCAGCCUAUAAAGCUGCACCAAAACACCCUGCGAACGAACAAGGCAAUGCCAUGGAAUAUGUUGCUGCUUUCAUUUUCUGCCUCACAAAAGCCAACCUUGGCUAUGGAAAUAUUCACGGCACAAUGAAUAGUAAACGCAGUGAACCCUGAAGGGACGAAACGAAGCACAAUAACCCUAUUUAGCGAACCUUCAGUGGGUGGUUUUUAUGUGACGGUGUGCCGUAAAAAUGCAAAAAGUUCAGUUCCGCAGAUGCGGAAAAAUACGCGCACCACGGUGACUACGUAUCGGUGACACGCCUAGUAGUAAUUGCCUAUCGGUAGUAAAGUAGUGUAGCGCAGUAUAGCGCGGUCAAAGGAUUUACUCAAGACAAUCACGACACUUAAAAAGUGUUAAAGGACACUGAUUUGGAUUCAGUCCAUUUUCGGAUCAACCAAUAAUUUUGCUGGGCAUCCAUUCUGUCUACGUGGUUUCAAACAGACAUGAACUCUAGAGACGGCAGAAGAGGUCGGGCCGGGCAGAGGGCUAGGGCAGCAUCGUACCCGAAUCGAGCUCGCAGAGCACGCGCUCAAAACGGGACCGGGAGUGUGGCAGCCCGGAAUGCCCCGAUCGGCGCGCUGGUCAUAUCGCGGGACGGCGGCAGCAAAUUCUACCCGGAGGGCGGGCGGGACAGACCCGCUAGUUCCCGCCGGUCUGCCAGGGACCCGUCACCCAUCCGUCGGAAGAGGGAUGAUGACGAUCUAGAGUUUGAAUCCAAGCAUCCACGUCCACUCGGAGCUCAGGCUGUGUAUUAUAACAAUAGCUUCGUUGAGAAACCAGACUUUGGCGCGUACGAUAUGCCCAUGCGCAGACCACGUGAUGAUGAUGACGAUGAUGGCGGAAGUGAAAUGAACGACCCGCCCCUUUCUCCCCAGCAAGCAUCAUGCCGCUCCUUUCUCAUCUUUACCUGCGUGGCGUUGGUUGUCAUUGUUGUGGUGGCUUUGGCGAUAAUCCUCCCCGUUGCACUCGUGGCAAGUAACUCAAGUGGACCCACUGUGACGGGAACGGUGCAACUGGGUACCGCCUUCAUUACUGCAUAUGAUAACGUCGGGUCAACCGAAUACAAUAACCUCGUGACCGACUUUACGGCAGUGAUGGAUGGGAUCUUCCAGGCAAGCACCACAUUUAGUUUCAGCGAGACAAAGGUCACGGAUCUAGCGUCAGGUACGACCACGUCUACCGCCACCACACUAGUCUCCUUCUCGCUAGUCUUCAGCUCGGGCACAGAAAUCACCCCGCUUUUCCGAAACAACGUGUACGGCUUCGUCUACACGGAAAUCAACAAAGCGGUGUCGCCUUUCGCAGCUCUCGCCGUAGUGACAGGCACUUUGAGCAUCACUGACAGUUGCAACGUGUAUUGCCAGAAUGCCGGCGUCCUGAGUGUUCUGGACUGCACAUGCACAUGUUCGUCAGGUUUUAGCGGCAACACAUGUCAGACCCCAGCAUAAACUUGAUGACGCCAAGCUGUGCUGUCGAGAGUGCACGGUCAUGGAUGCUGCAAAGGUUUAGAAGAACAGAACGUCAUAAGAGGGCGCUAUUCAUCCGGUCAAACUCCUUGUGCACUUGACGAGGAGAAUUGAUAUAAACAUAUAAAGUUGUAUCUUUUACUGCUAACACUCAAAGAUUAUAUUAUCAUUUUGCCUUUUGUGGGGGGGGGGGGUGCUAAACGGCACAGGCGGUCGAUUUUGUUAAAUAUUGAGAAAAUGUGAGUUACUCCUGCUGUAUUUGUUCCUCCUAAACAAAAACAAAAGUCUGUUAAAAGUGUUCUUCAAUAAACUUCUUUUUACAGCAAAGUUCACUCGUAACGACAGUCGCAUAACAUUUCAACGCCCAAAAGGCGCAAAACUCAUCACAUCUACAUUGCAUCCAGUUCAAAUUAUUUUAACCAAGAAAGCAAAAGAAAAAAAAGAAGGGACACGCGCCGGCAUUUAAUUAGGCAACCAUUUGGAAUUUGUAGCAAUGAUCCUACUUUAAUUAUGUCAAGAAUAGUAGUCACCUUUGUUAGUUUUUUUUUUUUUUUUUUUUUUUUAGAUAUAUGUGUUAUUGAGUACACAGGUUGUUGUUAUACCAUGUGGUAGAUCCUACAUGAUUGACUACAAAAGAAGUAGCCGAGGAGGCCUAACGAAUUGCCAAAAAAGUUUUGUUCAAGUUUGGCAACCGCAAAAACGACAACGUAUCUGUCAUUUCUUGACACAAAGGAAUCAUUGUAACUCAUCUUUUUUUUAGACUAUGACACAAUUUCCUUGGUCCGGAUUCGCAAGCAUUGUCUGAAGGGUUGUGGUGUAUUUAUAAUGCAAUGUAAUCUUCUUAUAGCAAGUAUAAAGUGUUGGUUUUGUCAUUGAGACAUAUCAUAUACCCAAGCUAAUUUUGGUGACAGGAAACGGCCCGAUCUUGUUUUGCUAUGUAAAUAUUUGGGAAAUUUGGAGGUGUGAUCUUCUAACACGUGUAUUUUUAUUCAAGCUAUGCAUGAUAUUUAUCAAAAAAAUUUCAUAAGCACAUUAUUAAUCGAAAACAGUCAUGUUGAGGUGUACAUAAUAUAGUAUACCUGGAGUAUAAAUAUCAACUGAGUAAUGUCAGAAAAAAUAUGUCAUUUAUAAAGUAAUUGAUUUUUGACUUAAUUAUUAGUUUCCUUAUAUAGAGGGUGGGUCGUGAGGAUACCCCCUCCCUAAAAAAAAACCUUCAUAAAUUAAUUGGCUACUUUACUCAACAUAUCAAGAAUGUUUCUACAAAUUAAUAACUUGGUGCAUGAUAGAAAAAUG